AUGGACAGGGAUUGGGUGCACCCAGGCCAGGCCCUGAUCUGGGCUGUUGGGGUCCUCGCAGCUGCCACCAAGGGGCUCGCUACUGAAGUGCCACAGAGGAACACCAGCCUGGGAUGGGUCCAGGGGAAGCAAGUCACUGUGCUGGGAAGCUCCGUGUCUGUGAACGUGUUCCUCGGGGUCCCCUAUGCUGCACCCCCUCUGGGACCCCUGCGAUUUGCAGACCCACAGCCUGCAUCACCCUGGAAUGACUUGCGAGAAGCCACCUCCUACCCUAACUUGUGUUUCCAGAACUCAGAUUGGCUGUUCUCAGAUCAACACAUGCUCAGGGUCAUGGUGUGGUUCCCGGGGGGCGCCUUCGAGACUGGCUCAGCCUCCAUCUUCGAUGGGUCCGCCCUGGCUGCCUACGAAGACGUGCUGGUUGUGACCACUCAGUACCGACUUGGAAUAUUUGGCUUCUUCACCACACAGGAUCAGCACGCUCGAGGAAACUGGGCCUUCAAGGACCAGUUGGCUGCCCUCUCCUGGGUGCAGAAGAACAUCCAGUUCUUUGGUGGGGACCCCAGUUCUGUGACUGUCUUUGGCGGGUCAGCAGGAGCCAUAAGCGUCUCCAGCCUGAUUCUGUCUCCCAUGGCCAAUGGCUUAUUCCACAAAGCCAUCAUGGAGAGUGGGGUGGCUAUCAUUCCUUACCUGAAUGCCCUUGAUGACCAGAGGAGUAAGGAUUUACAGGUGGUUGCACAUUUCUGUGGUUGCAAUGCAUCCGACUCUGUGGCCCUGCUGGAGUGUCUGAGGGCAAAAUCCUCCAGGGAGUUGCUGGUCCUCAGCCAGAGAACAAAGUCUUUCACUCGAGUGGUUGAUGGGCUUUUCUUUCCGGAUGAGCCACAAGAGUUAUUAUCUCAAAAAGCAUAUAAAGCAAUUCCUUCUAUCAUUGGAAUCAAUAACCACGAGUGUGGCUACCUGCUGCCCUUGAAGGAGAUGCCUGAGAUCCUUGCCGGCUCCAACAAGUCUCUCGCCCUCCGCUUGAUACACAGCCUCCUGCACCUCCCCUUACAGUAUUUGUACGUUGUGGCUAAUGAAUACUUCCAUGGCAAGCACUCUACGGUGGAAAUCCGAGAUAGUUUUCUGGACUUGCUUGGAGAUGUGUUCUUUGUAGUCCCUGCGUUGGUCACAGCUCGCUAUCACAGAGAUGCUGGUGCACCUGUCUACUUCUACGAGUUUCAGCACCGGCCCCAGUGCUUUGAAGACACGAAACCAACUUUUGUCAAAGCUGACCACGGUGAUGAAAUCCGUUUUGUGUUCGGAGGUGCCUUCCUGAAGGGCGACAUUGUCAUGUUUGAAGGAGCCACAGAGGAGGAAAAAGUGCUGAGCAGGAAGAUGAUGAAAUAUUGGGCUAACUUUGCACGGACUGGGAAUCCUAAUGGGGACGGCCUGCCCCUGUGGCCGGCCUAUGAUUUGACUGAGAAGUACCUGAAGCUGGACGUGAACGUGAGCCAGGGACAGAGACUGAAAGAGCACAGAGUGGAGUUUUGGACCGACUCCCUCCCUCUGAUAAUGUCCACUUCUGAAGCUCUCCUCCGUCCUCUUUCUUCCCUGCUCCUCCUUUCCCUGCUCCUGCCUUCCUUUUUCUCCUUUGUUCCCUGA